AUGGCACACGACGAGGGCGUUUGUGAUUUGCGUACUUAUCAUUGGAAGAAUGGUGAAAUCAUAUUGGAUGGUGAUUUGCUCGCAGGAGUGGACCCAGAUGAACUGUGGGAUGAUACAUAUAUUCCACACAAAAAUGAAUACAAACAAAGCAAUGAGAAUCUUUGUAGUGAAAAGAUUGAUCACGAUGAAAUUGAUGCUUUACUUGAAGAAGCGGAAGAAUUUAUUGAAAACUAUGAUGAUGAGCACACCAAAAAUGUUGAAGAACAGACAGAAGACAGGAGUGUUGCAAGUAUUUAUGAACGAUUGAGACAGAGAAAUGAUGAUGAUAAUUCCGAUCAAGAUCCCAAUCCAAAUGAAAAAUAUCAGAAUGAUGAAGAUUUAAAUGAAAAGAUUCAAGAAAUUGAAGAAGACAUACAAAAAGACAAGGAAGAUGUUGAAUCACUUAACAAUGAAGAACAAAUCGAGGAAACCCGCAAAACAUAUGAGGAAAAUGACAAUUUAAUUGAUCAAAUUCAAGAUGAAAUCAAAGAAUGUGAAAAUCAAGUCAAUGAUGUUCGCGAAUUUGUGGCAAAUUUGGAUGAUAAUGAGAAUGAAAAUGAUGAAUCUGACAAUAAUUCGGACGAAUCAAGUGACAACAAUAAUUAUGAAAAUGAUGAAGUGAAUAAAGAGGACAUAUUCAGUCAAAGGAAAACCAGGAGUGGUAAAUCUUAUGUUCAAGAUGGAAUAAAAAUGAGACCAACCAAACGUAAUAAUCGGGAUCAACCAAGGUAUAAUCUACAAUACCUGAAUCGAAAGAAACCGAAGUGUAAUUUGCUAAAGAACAGGAGUGCAAUGAGAAAAAAGGAAAUAGUUGGAAGUGACAAGAAAACCGAAUAUGGAAGAGAUAAGGCAACUCUGAUUGCGCGAUUCAUGCAACAAAUCAAGGAUAAAGUUCAAAAUGAAGGAGUAUUGUUUGUCCAACAAUACUACCUAAAUAAGGGAUUGAAAUUAUUCAAAGAAGAAGGUAAUGAGGCUGUGAUGAAAGAACUUGACCAAUUGAUACAAAGAGAAUGUUGGGAACCAAUUCAUGUUGAAGACAUGACUGAUUUGAAAAAAAGAAGAGCCCAAGAUGCUAUGAUGUUAUCAGCAGAGAAAAACACUGGUGAAAUAAAAGGAAGAUGUGUAUACAAAGGAGAUGGAACUCGAGAAUGGCUUUCUCGAGAGGAUACUUCAAGUCCGACUGCAGCAUUGGAAGCGAUUAUGAUCACAUGUGUAAUUGAUGCAUAUGAAGGACGAGAUAUGAUGUCUUUGGAUAUUCCAAAUGCAUUUAUUCAAAUUCAAAUGCCAAUGGAUGCAAAAUCAAGUGUGAUGAUGAAGAUCACUGGUUUAUUGAUCGACAUGAUGAUACAACUGGAGCCAAGGUAUCGUGAUUACAUUGUAAUUGAGAACGGAAAACGAGUGAUUUACGUGAGAGUAUUACGAGCCAUCUACGGGAUGUUAGAGGCCUCUAUGCUUUGGUACAAAAAGUUGAGAGGAGACAUGGAGAAACAUGGUUUUAUUUUCAUUCCAUAUGAUGGAUGUAUUGCCAACAAGAUUGUGAACGGCAAACAACAAACUAUUUGA